AUGGACGAGCGCGACAUGGUGCUGGGGCUGGAGUUUAUGGACAAGAACAACGCUGUGCCAUUACCAUGCCUUGGUGCGUUGAUGAUACUUGGAGGCGAGGAAGGCAAGGCCGCAUGCAUGGUGCCGCUCAUGGGCAGGAAGGAGAGUCCAAAGGUAGCAGUUAACAUGAUGGAACUCGUGAGGACCUCACAUCUUCUGAGGGGCGUGCGUACAUUUGGGCCAAGGACAUAUUUGCAAGUGCUGAUGACCUGCGAGAGGCUGGUUGGAGCACAAAUCAAUUCUUCUUCAAUCCAGUUUUCUCCUCUUGUCUUCGACUUCCAACAAUCUUACACAAUGAGUUGGUGGUGGCUUAGAUCCGUGGGUGCUCAAAAGAAGACACUGGAUGAAGAUGAAGAUCCAAAAAGUUACCAGAGCGUCGGCCUCAUCAUUGGAGUGACCGGCAUAGUCGGCAACAGCUUGGCCGAAAUCCUCCCGUUGCCCAACACACCGGGCGGUCCAUGGAAGGUCUAUGGUGUUGCUCGCCGACCUUGUCCCUGGAAAGCCAACUGCCCACUUCAAUACAUCCAAUGCGACGUAUCUGACACGCAAGACACUAUGGCCAAGCUCUCCCCUCUCUCCGACAUCACCCACAUCUUCUACGUGGCCUGGACCGGCUCCGAGGACUGCGCCGCCAACGGAGCCAUGUUGAACAACGUGCUCAAGGCCGUCAUCCCCAACGCCACCAAUCUCCGCCACAUUUGCCUCCAAACCGGACUCAAACACUACACCGGACCAUUCAAUCCCAACAGCAGUGUCAAACCACACGACUCGCCUUUCACUGAAGACCUGCCUCGAUUAAACACACCAAACUUCUACCAUGACCUCGAAGACAUUCUAGUAGAAGAAGCAUCCAAGAAACAAGGCCUGACUUGGUCAGUCCAUAGACCUGCACUGGUUUUCGGAUUCUCUCCUCAUAGCAUGAUGAACAUAAUCGGCACACUUUCAGUGUACGCGGCGAUAUGCAAGCACGAAAACAAGCCACUGAUCUACCCCGGAGCAAGAAAUGGCCGGAGAGAUUCGUGGAACGUGUACAAGGACGCAGCCGACGCCGAUUUGAUAGCGGAGCAGCAGAUAUGGGCAGCUGUGGAUGACAGUGGCGGUAAAAAUGAAGCGUUUAAUUGUAGUAAUGGGGAUGUGUUCAAGUGGAAGCAAAUGUGGGAGAUCUUGGCGGAGGAAUUUGGGGUUGAGCUUGUUGGGUAUGAGGAGGGACAGAAGAGGAUGAGCUUGCAGGAGAUGAUGAAGGACAAGGGUCCAAUUUGGGACCAGAUUGUGAGAGAGAAGGGAUUGGUGGAGACCAAGUUGGAGGAUGUUGCACAGUGGUGGUUUGCUGAUGUUGCCUUUGGUUCACAAAAUUUGAUGAAUAGUUUGAACAAGUGCAAAGAGCAUGGGUAUUGUGGUUUUAGGGACUCCAAGAAAUCGUUUGUUUAUUGGAUUGAACGCAUGAGAGCUUACAAAGUUAUUCCUUGACACACAUGAAAAGAGAGCAUGAUGUCACUGACUUGGACCGGUUACGGGACGUGACAAUGAACUGAGUUUUACCCCUACUCUAACCAUACUCAUGCGACACAACAACUUUAUAUUCAGAUAUUCGCCAGCCUAAUUCAUUUUUGGAGUGUUUUUUUUUUGGUCAUGCUUGUUAUGAAAAGUUUGAACAAGUGCAAAGAGCAUGGGUUUUGGGGUUUUAGGGACUCCAAGAAAUCGUUUGUUUAUUGGAUUGAACGCAUGGAGAGCUUACAAAGUUAUUCCUUGACACACAUGAAAAGAGAGCAUGAUGUGUAAUGUUUAUGAAAAAAAAAAAAAUUUAAAAAGGUUAGAUUUUUUUAUGGUGGAACCCACCACCGCUUAUCUUCAUUUUGUGGCCAAAAGGCCAUUAGAUGGUCUCAUCUCUCUCUCUCUCCCUCUCCCUCUCAUUCUCCUUUUUUUCUUUUUCUUUACACAUCAAUUUCAAAUCUUAAUCACUCUCUCAUCUUUUGGUAUUUUUGGGAACCGUUUGCGGCAAAACGAAGAGCGCAUCGAGAUCUUUAAUUUGAUCGGAGUAAAGGUGGUUUUGGUGCACCCUAAGAAUUUUGAAUUCUAGGAUUUGGAUUGGACAAAUUGGGGUUUUUUUGCAAUUCUUGAGGUAGGGGUUUCUAAUUCACAUUUUCUUGGAUUUUAGUGAAUUUUCCUUCAUUAAUUGUUGUAAAGUAUGUCUAGAUUUUUGUGGAUUCUUGCAAAGUUGACUUAGUUGUUAUAAAUGUGAUAUGUGGU